AUGAACAGAGAAGACAUCUCCCUCUUGGAAUACUUGGAUAUCUCUCAAGUCAACUGUCUCAACGAACAACAUCAGCACGAUCUGAAAUCUAUCGUCGCUUCGAGGAAAAUCAACCCUCCGGAGUCGUCAGCUUAUCUCGCAAGCGAUGCAGACAGACAACUCUUGGUUAACAUAUGUUUCAAUCAAGCCGUUAAAAUCCGUACGCUUGUCAUCAAGACCAAGGUAGAAAUGGAGGGGCCGAAGACUAUCAAGUUGCGCAUUAACAAUUCGUCGAUCAGUUUCUCCGAUGUGGAGGAUGCGGCAGAUAAGACGUUCGCUCAAGUGGUCGAGCUGAGCCGAGAAGACGUCACUGAAGGAAGGCCCAUCCCUUUACGAUUUAUAUUCGUCGAGUCGAAUCAAGGCGGGAGUGAUCAAACUCGCAUAGAUGCUAUCGACGUCAUCGGCAUCCCAGUAGAGUGAGUUCGAUUUUCGUAUUUUAGAAUGCUCUUUCAUUCUAGAACCAGAGCAACGAAAGACUUGAGUGGACUGAGGCAAGAAGAGCAUUGAAAGGUCUGCAAUCUAAUGUGAUAUAUACUAGCCAUGCAAGUCUUAGAUUCACGAUUCAUGUGAUGAUUACUUUCCGUCAAUCUGUAACCACAUACUCC